AUGACUGGACGAAAAGAAAAUAAAACAACAACAGCCACAACAAGUCCAACCAAAACCAGCACAACUACUGGCCGCGUAAUGAAAAAAGAAAAAACCAAAAAUAUUAUGCGCGAUUUACGUAUUCGUAAAUUAUGUUUAAAUAUUUGUGUCGGUGAAUCUGGUGAUCGUUUGACACGUGCAUCAAAAGUUCUUGAACAAUUAACUGGUCAAACACCCGUAUUUUCAAAAGCACGUUAUACAGUACGAUCAUUUGGUAUACGUCGUAAUGAAAAAAUUGGCGUUUUCUGUACUGUACGUGGUGAAAAAGCUAAAGAAAUAUUAGAAAAAGGUCUUAAAGUUAAAGAAUAUGAAUUACACAAAGGAAAUUUUAGUGAAAUGGGUAACUUUGGUUUCGGUAUUAAAUAUGAUCCAUCAAUUGGUAUCUACGGCAUGGACUUUUAUGUUGUACUUGGUCGAGCUGGUUAUGAUAUUGGUAAACGUAAACAUAAAAAAUCACGCAUAGGUGCUUCACAUAGAAUAACCAAAGAGGAAGCUAUUAAAUGGUUUCAACAAACAUAUGAUGGUGUUAUUUUACCUGGUGGUAAACCGAAGAAAUCAGGUGGUCAUCACAAACGUGGCAAGAAGAAAUAA